CAACUGAAUGCUAUCGCAUCAUAAUGGCAGGAGUAAAAUUUAUUAGAGUUUGCGAAGAUGAUAAUGAGAGUCCCAUUGAGGUCCCGAUUGAAGAUGAUGGCACAGUACUUCUUGCCACACUAAAGUCCGUGUUUCCAAAAUCAACUGGCCUCAAAUACUUAGCGCCUGAUUCAGGUUGCCUGAGGGGUGUAAGGCUUAAUGAUGGAAAACUCUAUGCUCCAUCAGAUGGAUGGGUGCACGUUUAUCAAUGUGCAUUACCUAGAGAAAAUAAGCGAAAAGGUAUAGAAGAGAAAGACACUUACAGCUCGAAGUUUAAAAGGCUAGAGGAGAAGAAGUGUACAGACCUAAUUGUUUUGAACUUGGCCUGGAAAACUGAUGAGUCCACACUAAAGGAAUAUUUCUCACGUUAUGGUGACCUCGUAACAGUUCAGGUUAAAAGACAUCCCGAUUCCAAUUUGAGCAAAGGGUACGGAUUCAUUCGGUAUAGCGAUAUGGAAUCGCAAAUUAUGUGUCUGUCUGAACGACAUAGUAUAGAUGGACGCUUGUGUGACGUCAGGAUACCCAUCUCCAAGUUGGAAGGAGAUCGUCAAGAAGUUAGCCGAAAGGUACAUGUGGGUGGAAUUACUGAGUCCAUUACAGCCUCUGUGCUAAGAGAUUACUUUUCACAAUUUGGUGCAGUACUCGAUGUAUUUAUUCCCAAGCCGUUUCGUUCAUUUGCCUUCGUAUCAUUCGAAGAUCCUGAAGUUGCAGCGGAACUACUGGGAAAAGAUCAAGUUAUAGAAGGUGUUUGUGUGUCAAUCGGCUCUGCAGUCCCCAAAUUACACCCUCAGCAAAAUCGAAAUAGUCCUAUGUAUCCUAGUUCGCAUUUUGGAAAUUCGCACAACCCUUGGGCCUGGCAAUACAACCCAGUAAUGAAUGGUCAUGGUUCACGUGAUUUCAACACUGCGGCAAUACAGCUCAUAUGCGAACAGAAUCAAUAUGUAGGGCUGGAUCUAUAAGUAACGUUUCCCACAAAUUCACAAACUUGAGUUCUGUAUAUUAGCGUCAUUUCUUCAAAUGUAAACAUUAUUCCAGAUGUGCAGCCAAUUUUCUUAUAGCGUUUUAAAGUGGUGCCGUCUUCACUGUGAGAACAAAGUGAUCUCAAAUCAGUUUUCAGAUACUUUGCCAAACUAGGCACCUACUAAUAGAAAGAAGCAUAUAUGAAGGUUUAGUGUGGUGGAUACUGCUAAUGUAUUGAUACUUCAAGUAUAUUGUGGCAAAAAUAUUCCAGGCGAAUGCUCAAAUCUCUUUUGUUCUUGCUGUACCAUUUUAUUGGCAGUUAUCAAUAUAAUAACUACUCAAGUACUUCUUAUUUAUUAUCCAUAAAGAUUUAUAGUUUGAUCAAUACGUACUCUCAAUGUUCUGUAUUUAAAAUUUGAAUCUAAUAAAUGUUUUUUUUUAAAUUUCUUAUUCAUUUUCUCUUAUUCAUGUGGUUUUAAUAUUUAACGAAGUCGUUUAGGAGGUCUAAACAGAGGUUCUGUAUGCGCUGACACCCGUCAGUAAGAUGUACCUAUAAUCUCGAAGAAACUUGAUGAUAUUCAUCUCGUAAGUAAUCUCCUAUAAGCCCGGUUGCCUGAAGUAACUAAUAUCAUACUGUACAAUCCUUAGUACUUCGUUAACCUAUUUUCACCUAGUCUUUUUUUUUGUACUCUGUAACUGCAUAUUAGUUCAGCAAUUGGAAUAAAAGUCACCUUUAGUCAAUACUGUUAUUUUGUAUUAUAUUGAAGUAUCUUAAUGUUUUGUUGGCUAAGUAUUGUCGUUCACUGAGAAAAAAAAGUUGCUUCAUUACACAAAAUAUGUUGUUUGUCAAUUGUUACAAUAAAAUGAAGUGUGAUUAUUAGCUUCUGUAUAAUAAAAAUUAAUUUAACUUUGUUCGUUUUAUCUAUAUACUCUUUCCAAUUUAGCUUUGAACGUCUGUGUUUGUCU